CAGGUUAAUGAUACAAGCGUGUUAAUAACUUUAACCUAUUUAAUAAAGUGCAAUUUAGUUGUGAUUAUAAAUUAGGCAAUACUUAUUAUAUAAACAAGAGUUAAAUAACUUAUUCUCUCAUUUAAAUUUAAUAAAUGCAAUUCAGUUGACAAUGCUUUUAUGAAGAAAAACCAGACUCAGUUUUAUUUGAAUUUGAAAGUGACAUGGUCUACGUGACUUUACGCAAAUCUACAAUGUCUGCAUAACAAGAGUAGACAGAAACAGCAGCCAAAAUUCGAAUCAUACGUGCGUUCUCAUUGCCCCUUAACACAUCUUGGCAUCAGUACGUAUUGUGCUAACAAAGAAAAUUAAUACAACAUAAAUUGGUCUUUAAAAUAUUGAUAAUUAAAAAUAAAUAUUAAAAAAGUGUAAAAAUUUAAGUACAAUUUUUUAUACAUCACAAAAAGAAGACGCAGUUACAAAACACAGCAUGCUGGAUUUAGUAAACACAGUGCCUGAUAUAAGUUCAGGAACAAUGAAUUCCUUAGAAAAAAAUGAUGUUUCAUCAAGUGAAAUAGUUGUGAUAAGAGCAAAACCUAAAAAAGUCUUUAAGCCAAAAGCACGCAUUAAUCGUAUACCGCAAACGCUACUUGAUGAUCCGAUACUGCAAAAAGCCAUUGAUCGCUUGCCAUCAAACUAUAAUUUCGAAAUACAUAAGACAAUUUGGCGAAUCAUGGAAAUAAAGGCAAAACGUGUUGCUCUACAGUUGCCAGAAGGUCUGCUAAUGUACGCUUUGGUUAUUAGUGACAUUAUCGAACGAUUUACUGAGGCUGACACUAUAAUUAUGGGAGAUGUUACAUAUGGUGCUUGUUGCGUUGAUGAUUACACAGCUAAAGCACUAGGUGCAGAUUUAAUGGUACAUUACGGACAUAGUUGCUUAAUUCCAAUUGACCAGACAAAUGAGAUCAAAGUACUAUACGUCUUUGUUGAUAUUAAGAUAGAUCCAUUGCACUUCUUGGAUUCUGUAAAGCUUAAUUUUAAACCCGAAGAUGGUCAAAUAGCAUUGGUUAGUACAAUACAAUUUGUUACUACACUGCAAGCAGCAUCGGCUGAGUUAAAGGCAUCUGGUUAUGAUAUUAUUGUUCCACAAUCUAAACCUUUAAGUCCUGGUGAAAUUCUAGGUUGCACAUCGCCUCAAUUACCCGAUAGCACAAAGAAGAUAAUAUAUUUAGGUGAUGGAAGAUUUCACUUGGAAUCAAUUAUGAUUGCAAAUCCACACAUUAAGGCUUAUAAAUAUGAUCCAUAUGAAAAGAAAUUUACUAUAGAAGAAUACGAUCAUGUAUCCAUGCAGCAAAUACGUUUCUCACAAAUUCAAACUGCGAAAAAAGCAAAAAAGAUUGGCAUUAUUUUGGGCACGUUGGGUCGUCAGGGUAGUCGUCGCGUGCAUAGUUUUUUGCAAAAACGCUUACAAAAAAAAGGUUUAGAUACUACAACGAUAUUAUUAUCAGAAAUAUUUCCACAAAAAUUAGAACUUUUUAAGGAUAUUGAUGCGUUUGUUCAAAUUGCGUGUCCACGUUUAUCAAUCGAUUGGGGCUCUGCAUUUUCAAAACCUUUAUUGAAUCCAUAUGAAUUGUCUGUGGUGUUAGACGAUAUUGAGUGGACACCGCAUAAUUCAUCACCAAAAAACAAUGCCUACCCAAUGGAUUUUUAUGCCACCGGAAGCUUAGGUCCUUGGACACCUAAUUUUAAACCACCAGCUAUAGGAGAAUGCGAAAAUAAACCUUCUGCAGCAUGUUGUGGUCGUUGUACAAGGGCGGAAUUAGAAAAGGAUGGUAAUGAUGCAGUUAAGGCUUCAGCUAUUGCUGACAUAUUAGAUUUUAAAUAAUACUAAAAACAAGUGUGAUAUUCAUUGCGUACUUAGAUAAGUAAAUAUGUAUUGUUUUCACGUAUAUCAUAUAUACAAUUAUAAAUAUUGAGAUAUUAUUUUCGCUUCAUUUGUAAAUAAUAAAUAUUUAUAUAGCUUGACUUUACUUUAAUGCUUUACUUAAUUAGUUUUUAAUAAUUACGCUAAAUCACUUUUGUUAAAAUAUAUUUAAUUAUGUAUAACCUCAUAUGCAUUCUAAAAUAUGAUUAAAGAAAAGCUU